CAACUACUUUAUCAUAUUAACAUCUAAUUUUUGAAGAGGGACUAACGUAAACGAAAUGAAAAAUGAUUACGUUUAAGUGACGGAGGCAAACUUCAAAAACUUCGUUUUUGGAUGUUAAAUUUUACAACAAACUAAAUCAGGAUGUCUAUGACCGAAACAAAAUUGGAGAUGUUUGAUGAUGAUGUGGGGGAUUAUGUAGAAGGCGAAAUGUCAAUUCCAGGCAAACCGAAUGCUACCAAACUGGGCGAACCCGAUUUUAACACUCUUGACGAACCGAUUCGGGAGACUAUAUUGAGGGAUGUUAAAGCUGUCGCGAUUAAGUUUAUGUACGUGCUUUUUCCCAAGGAGAAAAAGGCGUUACUGAAGGAAUGGGAUCUUUGGGGCCCGCUUUUUUUGUGCACUUUCAUGGCUAUGAUUCUGCAAGGUUCGAGUCGAGCGGACGACUACAAUGAUGGAGGUCCAGAAUUUGCAGAAGUGUUCGUUAUAGUUUGGAUCGGUUCGAUGAUAGUUACACUUAAUUCGAAACUAUUAGGUGGAAAUAUAUCAUUCUUUCAAAGCGUAUGCGUCUUAGGCUAUUGCUUAUUGCCGACAGCAGUCGCAUUGAUAUUGUGUCGUAUUAUUUUGAUAGCAGAACAUACAAAUUUCCUGUUUUUCCUUCGAUUUUUUGUAUCGAUGGUUGGUUUUGCGUGGGCUACGUAUGCCUCCACGGUUUUCUUAGGGGAUAGUCAAAAGCCAGGACGUAAAGCUCUUGCAGUUUAUCCAAUUUUUUUAUUCUAUUUUAUAAUUUCAUGGCUAGUUAUUUCUCAUACUAACGUAUCUUAAACUUAUACCAGCUAAGUUUGUAAAUAUAUUUUUUUGUAAAUAAAUGUGACAAAUAUACAAAGUGCUGUAA